UAUCGAUCUUCUUUAAACAAUAAUUGACUGAUCAAAAAGCCAUACGGCUGAAAUCAAAGCGUAACUUCCCGAACUCCUAUAUAUGCAUAAUACAUCCACCCUAUACUUAGACGUACAAGGAAAACAAAAACAAAAAGAAAUCGGAACAACACGAUUAUUUACUGCCUCCAUAGAAAGAGAGGAAAAGAGAGAGGAAAGAAAGAACAAACGCCGGAAGACCGGAGCCAGGCCGCCGGACUGAUUUCCACCCCGGAAAUAGAACGGAUGGAAACUAAGAAACGUUGCUGCUAUCACCAGAGAAAAGACCGCCACUACUGCAGAGGAGAAGCCGGAGUUGUUGCCGUACUGUUUUUGCCACCUCCGGAGUGACUCACUGGCCGUUCCGUCAACACCGCCGGUGGGAAGGAAUUGCGUGCAGGAAGUUCCGCGCCAUCGGGCACUGCGUACAGAGGAGUAACGUCGCUGAAAGGAGAAGUCCGGUUGAAGUUCGCCGUCGCCGUCGCCGGAGAAGACGACUAACGAAUCAAGGUGAUUUUGGUGAAAAUCGAGGUAAAAGCUUCGGUUAGAAGUUAUCGUGAUUCGAGGUAAUGAUGCUUAUGUGGAUUGAUGAUUUGCAUGGUCUUGAGAGCGGUUGAGAUAUGCCUUAGUCAAACCUAGUCAAGAAUUAUUAUUUAAUUAUGUUAAACACUUGUUUUACUUUGUUUAGUUUGGUGAUUGCCUGUGCAUUCGGUUAAGAGAUGACCGGAUGUGGCGGUAACACCCAUUCCCCAAUUAAUGUUAUUUCCGCUGCAAAACUUUUUAUCUGUUUUGAAAGAGUAAAUCAAGUUUACGCUCAAUAAAUCUAUUAUUUGAAGUAUUAUUUUGGGAGGGAAAAUGGGGGUGUUACAAUAUGAAUGCAAGAACUCUCAUCAUGUUAAGGAAGAGGCACAUCUCAUGGAGAUGAAUAACGAGGUAGAACUUACCUUGUUGAUGGCAAAUCAUGAAGAACAAACAAAGAAGAGCACAUGGUAUUUAGACACUGGAGCUAGCAACCACAUGACGGGGAGAUAAGAGCUUGUUCGUAAAGGUGGAACAAACUCAAGGUCAUGUUACCUUUGGAGAUGAAUCAAAAGUCGUGGUGAAUGGUAAAGGUAACGUUCUAAUCCGCCUAAAUGAUGGAAGUCACCAAUUCAUUUCUGAUGUUUACUAUGUGCCCAACUUAAAAACAAAGUAUGGGACAACUCCUAGAAAAGGACUAUGAUAUUCACAUAAAGAAUCGUAGUCUUUCUCUACGAGACAAUAAUGGGAGACUAGUUGCUAAAGUGCCGAUGACUAGAAACCGGAUGUUCUUGCUUGAUAUUCAAAGAGAUCAAGCCAUAUGCUUGAAAAGUUGCUUGAAAGACGAGUCAUGGAUUUGGCAAUUAAGAUAUGGGCACUUAAACUUUGGUGGCUUGAAAAUGCUAUCGUCCAAAGGCAUGGUGAAAGGUUUGCCCUUCAUCAAUCAUCCCGAUCAGCUAUGCGAAGGAUGCCUACUUAGGAAGCAAUCAAGGAAACCAUUCCCUAAAGAAGUUACCUCAAGAGCUAAGGAGCCAUUGGAGUUAAUCCAUACCGACUUAUGCGGUCCUAUUACUCCAUGUUAUCAUGGUAAAAGUAAGUACUUUCUCACUUUCAUCGAUGAUUACUCAAGGAAAAUAUGGGUAUAUUUUCUUAAACAAAAAUCAGAGGCUUUUGAAACAUUCAAGAAAUUUAAAGCUCUUAUUGAGAAAGAAAGUGGGUACGUUAUUAAAGCCAUGAGAUCAGAUCGGGGUGGAGAGUUCACAUCAAAGGAGUUCAAUCAAUUUUGUGAAGAUAACGGCAUCCGCCGUCCCAUGACUGUCCCACGCACACCACAACAAAAUGGUGUUGCCGAAAGAAAGAAUAGGACUAUCCUCAACAUGGCCCGAAGCAUGCUAAAGACGAAGAAUAUGCCUAAAGAAUUUUGGGCUGAAGCUGGUGACUGUGCCGUCUAUCUUCAAAAUCGCUGCCCCACGAAGAGUCUAGAUGGAAUAACUCCACAAGAAGCAUGGCAUGGAGGUAAACCCGGAGUCUCGCACUUGAAAGUAUUUGGAUGCAUUGCAUAUGCUCAUGUUCCUGAUCAGACUAGAUCAAAACUCGAUGACAAGAGCGAGAAGUUCAUAUUCAUUGGAUAUGACAAACACUCAAAAGGGUACAAACUCUACAAUCCGGAUUCGAAGAAGCUUAUAAUAAGUCGUGAUGUGGAGUUUGAUGAAGAAGGUUCAUGGAAUUGGAGCAUUGGCGACAAAGAAGAUUAUAGCCUCUUACCAUCCAUGGAAUGUGAAGAAGAAGUUGAAGAGAAUAAUGAAAAUAUAACUCCUCCACCAUCUCCCACUCAAGCUCAAUCUUCGCCACCAAGUUCAGAUGAAAGAGAAGUACCACGCAUGAGAAGCAUUGAAGAGAUUUACGAGGUAACACAAAACCUAAACUCAAAUGAUGAAUUUACACUCUUUUGUCUAUUUGGUGAUUGCGAGCCACUAUGUUUUGAAGAAGCCACAAGAAACAAGAAGUGGAGAGAUGUAAUGGAUGAUGAGAUUAAGUCCAUUGUGAAGAACAAAACAUGGGAGCUAGCCACACUUCAAUCAAAUCAUAAAGCAAUUGGAGUGAAGUGGGUAUUUAAGAUCAAGAAAAAUGCAAAAGGGGAGGUUGAGAAGUACAAAGCAAGACUAGUGGCCAAAGGCUACGCCCAAAGACAUGGCAUUGAUUAUGAAGAAGUAUUUGCGCCCGUUGCUAGAUUGGAAACAAUAAGAUUGGUAAUUGCACUCACGGCUCACAACAAGUGGAAGAUACAUCAAAUGGAUGUCAAGUCCGCAUUCUUAAAUGGGUUCCUAGAAGAAGAAGUCUACAUUGAGCAACCCGAAGGUUACAAAGUCAAAGGGCAAGAAGAUAAAGUGUUGAGGCUAAGAAAGGCUCUUUAUGGGCUUAAACAAGCACCAAGAGCUUGAAAUAGUAGAAUUGACCAGUACUUCCAAGCUAAUGGAUUCGUGAAGUGUCCACAAGAACAUGCACUAUAUGUAAAGAAAAAUCGUCAAGGAGACAUAUUGCUCGUGUGCAUAUACGUGGACGAUCUCAUCUUUACAGGUAAUAAUAUGACGAUGUUCGAUGAGUUUAAACAAGUCAUGACAAGGGAGUUCGAGAUGACUGACAUUGGGCUUAUGAGUUACUAUCUUGGCAUCGAGGUGAAGCAAAUGGAUGAUGGUAUAUUCAUCACUCAAGAAGGAUACGCGAGAGAAGUACUCAAGAAGUUCAACAUGGAGGACUCCAAACCUGUAAGUACACCUGUCGAAAGUGGAUUAAAGUUAUCAAGGUAUGAUAAAGAAAAAUUGAUUGAUCCAACCUACUUUAAGAGUCUUGUGGGGAGCCUAAGAUACUUAACAUGUACAAGACCAGAUAUUCUCUUUGGUGUUGGACUUGUUAGUCGAUUCAUGGAGGCCCCUACAACAACUCAUUUGAAGGCGGCAAAAAGGAUUUUGCGAUAUCUCAAAGGCACCGCCGAAUAUGGGUUGUUUUACUCUUCAUCUGAUGAGUUUAAGCUGGUUGGAUAUUGCGAUAGUGAUUGGGGUGGAGAUAUCGAUGACCGCAAGAGCACAACUGGGUUUGUGUUUUACCUGGGAAACACCGCUUUCACAUGGGUUUCAAAGAAGCAAUCGAUAGUCACUCUGUCCACUUGUGAAGCCGAGUACGUUGCAGCAACAUCAAGUGUUUGUCAUGCAAUUUGGCUCAGGUAAAUAUUGCAAGCUCUCGGCAUGUCUCAAGAAGAAGCAACAACAAUAUUCGUGGACAACAAGUCAGCUAUCGCAUUAGCAAAGAAUCCAGUGUUUCAUGAUCGAAGUAAGCACAUAGACACUCGAUAUCAUUUCAUACGGGGAAAGAUAGCGAAGAAGGAAGUUCAAGUAGAGUAUGUGAAGACUCAAGACCAAGUCGCUGAUAUUCUCACAAAGCCACUCAAGCAGGAUGUCUUUGCAAAGAUGCGGGAUCUACUUGGUGUGCUAAGUCAAGUUUAAGAGGGGAUGUUAGAAAUUAAACUUGGCUUAGCCCAAUAAUUGGGUCCAUUAGAAGUUAACUUAUUGGGCUAAUAGUUGUAUGAGAAAUAAUAAAUUAGUUAGCCCAUAAGUUAGAGUAGUAAAGAAAGAUCUAGAGUACUCUUUAGUUAAUGUACUUAUUAAAUAAUUCUAGAAUAUUCCUAAGCUAGAAUUCUAUAGAAUAUUGUAGAAUCUUAAGGAAAUAGGAGUGCCUAGAAGGAUCCUAUGAGACCUAUAAAUAGAGCACUCCUCACUCAUUUGUAAAACAAGCCAAAGCUCCAAAUCAAUAAAAGUUUCAAGUUCUUCCAAAAUCAUCUCUCUCUAAAAUUCUCUCUUCCACACACAAUCACCUAAAUACAAUACUCAUAAACUCCUUUAUUCCAACAGAGUCACGAAGAUAUGUUCAUACACCUCAACAUAUACAGUACUACUUUCACUUUCACUGAGUAGUACUAAUUCUAGAAUACCACUGUUAAAUAUGAGAAUAACUUAGUCGUUGUUUAUUUCACAAUUGAACACACGAGAAUAAUUGUAGUAAAUGUGAUUUCAAUGGGUUCCCUAUGCAAAAAUACGACAUUCACGACUCAAGUCCAAAAUCAGACCAAUAUACUAUUUAAGUGAGUACAUGUAGGAAACUAUAGUAACAGAUUAGUCCUCGUAGGGAUAUAUAUUUCGAGCAGGUAUCCCAUAAAUGUACAUCAUAAUGUGUACAUUAUGGAUACUUCAUCUUGUGUCAUAUUCUUGAGAUAGUAAUGGGAGACAUAAUGGUCACAAGAUGUGUGACAAAAUGUGAUAUACUCAAUGUGAUUAAACACUUGACGCACAGGUCAAUUACUAUGUCCUUAUAGUUUAAUUAUCAAUGCAUAAUAUAGAUAAUUGAUUGAGACUUUUAUUUUUAACAAGUCUUACAUUAAUUUAGUGUAUAUAAUGUACAAAUAAUAUGUCUUUGAUUAAAUGGACUAAUAUGUCAAAUGGAGAAACAAUUAGGACAUUGUAUAUUCGGUUAAUAAUGGAGUAAUUAACCUAUCACUAGUACAUUAUAUCACAUAUAUAGUGCACUGGAGAAAUAUGCACUUCAUAUUUUGUAAUAUGAAGUACAUCACCCAUGUGAUUUAUGGGUUUUAAGUGGAUUAUGUAUAGUGAUAGGUAUACGAUUAUAGAACUUCCAUUUCAAACAUCUACAACAAUGUACUCAUGAAUAGUACACAAUGUUGGGACACUUGAUUUAUCCGUGGAUACAUGUUACCCUAUGUUUGACUAGUAUACUAAUUGUACAUAGUGGUAACUUAAUUACUCAUGUGAUGAUAUGCAACUAUAGUAUAGACAAUUAUGUUAUAAUUGUAUAUUAUGUAUAUUAACAUCAGUGUUUACUAAUAUUUAUGUGUUAAUCGAAAUUAUGUACAAGUUUAAAACUAUCAGAUUGUUACGUGAGUCAACUCGGUAGAAAUAUCAAUUAGACUUGAAUGAUAUAUGUACGAUAGACUAAUGUAAUCACUUAAACUCACUAUGGGCUGGUUUGCAACUACUUUUAAAAAAUCACUUCUCAGCUUUUGACUUUAAAAAGCACUUAUUUUUCCAAACAUUACAUUGGAACAAAUGGAACAAAUGAUUUUUCCAAACAUCAAGUCUGUUCCCAUUCUGAUGUGUAAUCUGGAAAAAAUAAUGCCACCAUCGUUUUUCGAUACAAUGGAACAUCUCAUUAUACAUCUUCCGUAUGAGGCUUUGACUGCUGGGCCCGUCUUCUAUCGGUGGAUGUACAGAUUUGAAAGAUUUCUAGGAGAGCUGAAAAAGAAAGUGACCAACAAGGCACACGUUGAGGCUUCAAUUUGUCAAGCGUAUCUUCAACAAGAAAUCUCAACGUUCUCGUCUUUUUACUUCGAGCGUGAAGUCAUCACCAGAAGGAAGAGACCUGCCCGGAACGAUGAUAUUGGCGAGGAUUUAUAUGAAAAUGUAGUUUCCAUCUUCAAUUACCCAGGCAGAGGUAAAGGUGCUGCGACACAACGAUACAUCCUGGGUGGGGAAUUGCAAAUUGCGCAUACUUAUAUCCUCAUGAAUUGUCCAGAAAUCUCACCGUUUUAUCAUGAAUUCCGAGCUUCUUUAUCAGCCUUUCCUGAGAAUGAAAUAGAUGCGUUGGUGGACUCUGAUUUUGUAAAUUGGUACAAGUAUCAGAUCAAUAGUCGUGGGAUUGUCGACCCUUUGUUAGUAUCAUUAGCGUGGGGCCCAGGUGCCAGUGCCAAAGUGUGGCGGCAAUAUGUGAUAAACGGUUACACAUAUCACACAGCCGAUUACGGAGAGGGCCGACCAACAACGAACAGCGGGUUAUGUGUCCCGACCAUCGGUUAUGAUAACUCGGAAACCAGUUUUUUUGGUGUCCUGCAGGAGAUUCUGGAACUUGAGAUGCCUUCUUGUGCGAAAAAAUUGACAUGCGUUCUGUUCCGUUGCACAUGGGUCGACCCCACACGUGGCGUGCGCAAAAAUCCGAAGUAUAAUAUGAUUGACGUCAACCUCUCUCGUGUGUACCCAAAAAAUGAGCCUUUCAUACUCGCCCAACAAGCAGCGCAGAUUUAUUAUGCAGAAUAUCCUUCAACAAGGCGGACACAGAAUCCUUGGGUGUGUGCAUGUCCUGUCCGUCCGAACAAAAUAAAAUCACA